AUGAGUUACACAUGUGCUUCGAAGUUUCAAAAAUCAAAUAAUGUUAGGCUAUUGCGAUCAAUUAUUGGGAUAAUAAUUGGGUUCUUGGUUAUCUUAGGUAUUAAUAGACUGAGUCUUUUUGUCAAGUAUUCUAAAACGUUUACAAAGAAUCUUGAAAUAACUGAUAAUAUUCAUGAUACUGAACGUAACUACGAGUUUCAAUUAAAGCAUAUCUUCCACCAUGGUGCUGGUCCGAAUAAUUAUAGAAUUCAUAAAAGGCUUGACAUUACGGAGGAUUUCCUUAAAAAAAGGCAUCACGAUAAGUUUCAUCUAGAGAGAGUGUCGAUAAAUGGAGAAGACUUGAACGAUGUAUAUAACCAAUUAGACUGGCCAGAAGUCCAUAAGGGAGCUGAUCCCUUUACGAUUAAGCUUCCCAUUAAAAAGUCUUUAACGAAUGGUAAAAUCAUUCGGCUUAAAGAGCGUCAUACCCCCAACUUUCUUGAUUCAUAUUUGGAAUAUGCAAUGAAAGUAAAAGGAAAUCCAAACUUAUUAAAUCAGAUCAAUUUGGAGUGGGACGAUGAGGUAGAAAUUCCAAUACCGAAUGUCGAGGACAAGGAUACAAUCGUAUCGUUAGCUACGAUAUCAUCGAAUGCAUAUGUUAGAUUUCCAAAGGAUGAUGACGAAAAAAAGAAGCUGGAUUGGACAGACGUGGGAGAUUGGGAUCCAGAUCGAGAUAAUGAGGACAUCAAUUUUGGAUGGGAAAGAGAUGGAAUGAGAGGGCACGUUUUUGUAAGUCAAGACAAUAAAACGGUUGUGAUUGGCAUCAAGGGAACGUCUGGUGCGGGCCUCCCAGGAACGGGAGAAGAUGUGACGGCACCGAAUGAUAAAAUAAACGAUAAUUUACUAUUUUCAUGCUGCUGUGCCAGAGUCAGCUACUUGUGGACAACCGUUUGUGAUUGUUAUGAAAAUACUUAUACAUGCAACCAAGAUUGCUUGGAAAAGGAGCUUACGAGAAAGGACAGGUAUUACCAAGCAGUUCUAGAUAUAUACCGAAAUGUAACAAAGAUAUAUCCUCCCGAAUCUACUGACAUAUGGCUUACUGGCCAUUCGUUAGGAGGGUCCUUAGCUUCGCUUCUUGGGAGAACGUAUGGAUUACCGGCUGUCGCAUUUGAAGCUCCUGGUGAAAUGUUGGCGACCAAGAGAUUGCAUCUUCCUCAGCCUCCAGGGCUUCCCAGCUAUAUGGAAAACAUCUGGCACUUUGGGAACACUGCAGACCCGAUCUUCAUGGGAGUGUGCAACGGUGCGUCAAGCUCUUGUAGCGUGAGUGGCUACGCUCUAGAAACAGCAUGUCAUACGGGAAAGCAAUGUGUUUACGAUGUAGUCACUGAUAAGGGAUGGAAGGUGAGUAUCUUGAAUCAUCGUAUACAUACAGUUAUCGACAAUAUCAUAUUGGAAUACAAUACAACUGCACCUUGCAUACCCCAGCCUCCUUGCAGAGAUUGUUUCAACUGGCGCUAUACAUCACACGAUGACUCUGAAAGCGACGAGCCUACACUUCCUAACCCUUUAAGACCUUUACCUACAAGUGUAAGCUCCUCAAGAUCAAAUCCAGAGUGUCACAUGACAUCGUCACCUUGGAUUUCUCAUAGUACUUCUACCUGCAGUCCAACUCACUCUUCCCCCUCCAGGCCCAAGAAAUGUCUUCACAGGACAUGGUAUGGUUGGUGUACCGAAUGGGGCGACGAGGACGGUGACGACUAG